AAUGUACAUUAGGCUGGUUUUUCCCCCCCAGCUUCGGGCUUUGUUUGGAUUUGAUUGUGUUUGGCUCUUCGCUAAGCUGAUUUAUGCAGCAGAAUUCCCGUCGGCUGGAGAGAAACAAAAGCUCUUUUCUUUGUCCCAGAGCGGGCUGCAGAGAGCCCUGCUCGCGUCGCCACCCCGGGCCAUUGACCGUCGGAGGAGGUGCUUCUUGCUGAGAUUUCGAGACCCGCCGUGCCGAGCUGGGAGGGCCGCGGGGGCCCUGAGAUGCCUAGCGGUACCCGGGCCAGCGUACCUGCACCGCUUGUUCCGAGCCGCAGGGUCCGCCUGCCGGGCCUGCUGAAAACGUCCUAGCAACUCUUGGUCCGCCCGCGCCGAGGUGCGCCUGGGAGGCGCGAGCGCGCAUCCGGAUAGCAGCCAGGCGGGCGCGUUGCGGGCUGCUCUGCAUUAUGUGCUGCUCGGCCCUGGCUUUUUUUACUGCCGCAUUUGUCUGCCUGCAAAACUGCCGGCCAGGUCCUGCCCCAUUUCUCCGGGCGGCCUGGGUGCUUUCAGUUGUUCUUGGACUGGGCCAAAGUGAAAACAAUAGAUGUGCAUCUUCAAAUGCAGUGUCCUGCACCAGGUGCCUUGCGUUGGAUCCAGAAUGUGGAUGGUGUGCUCAAGAGGAUUUCAUUUCAGGUGGAUCAAGGAGUGAACGCUGUGAUAUUGUUUCUAAUUUAAUAAGCAAAGGAUGCUCGAUUGAUUCAAUAGAAUACCCAUCUGUGCAUGUGAUGCCAAGUGAAAAUGAAAUUAAUACCCAGGUGACACCAGGAGAAGUAUUGGUCCAGCUGCGUCCAGGAGCUGAAGCUAAUUUUAUGCUGAAAAUUCAUCCUCUGAAGAAAUAUCCUGUGGAUCUUUAUUAUCUGGUUGAUGUCUCGGCAUCAAUGCACAAUAAUAUAGAAAAACUAAAUUCCGUUGGAAAUGAUUUAUCUAGGAAAAUGGCACUUUUCUCCCGUGACUUCCGUCUUGGAUUUGGCUCAUAUGUUGAUAAAACAGUUUCACCAUACAUUAGCAUCCACCCAGAAAGGAUUCAUAAUCAAUGCAGUGACUACAAUUUAGACUGUAUGCCUCCCCAUGGAUACAUCCAUGUGCUGUCUUUGACAGAGAACAUAACUGAGUUUGAAAAAGCAGUUCAUAGACAGAAGAUCUCUGGAAAUAUAGAUACACCUGAAGGAGGUUUUGAUGCUAUGCUCCAGGCUGCUGUCUGUGAGAGCCAUAUUGGAUGGAGAAAAGAAGCUAAAAGAUUGUUGCUGGUGAUGACAGAUCAGACAUCUCAUCUUGCUCUUGAUAGCAAAUUGGCGGGCAUAGUGGUGCCAAAUGAUGGAAACUGCCACCUGAAGAACAACGUCUACGUCAGAUCAACAAGCAUGGAACAUCCCUCACUAGGUCAACUCUCAGAGAAGUUAAUAGACAACAACAUUAAUGUCAUCUUUGCAGUUCAAGGAAAACAGUUUCAUUGGUAUAAGGACCUUCUACCCCUCUUGCCUGGCACUAUUGCUGGUGAAAUAGAAUCAAAGGCUGCAAACCUCAAUAAUUUGGUAGUAGAAGCCUAUCAGAAACUUAUUUCGGAAGUGAAAGUUCAAGUGGAAAACCAGGUAAAAGGCAUCUAUGUAAACAUUACUGCCAUCUGUCCAGACGGGACCAGAAAGCCAGGCACAGAAGGAUGUGGCAACGUGACAAGCAAUGAUGAAGUUCUUUUCAAUGUAACAGUUACAAUGAAAAAAUGUGAUGUCACAGGAGGAAAAAGCUAUGCAAUAAUCAAACCUAUUGGUUUCAAUGAAACCACUAAAAUUCACAUACACAGAAACUGCAGCUGUCAGUGUGACGACAGCAGAGGACCGAAAAGAAAGUGUGUAGAUGAAACUUUUCUAGAUUCCAAGUGUUUCCAGUGUGAGGAGAAUAAAUGUCAUUUUGAUGAAGAUCAGUUUCCUUCUGAGAGUUGCAAGUCACACAAGGAUCAACCUGUUUGCAGCGGUCGAGGAGUUUGUAUUUGCGGGAAAUGUUUGUGUCACAAAAUAAAGCUUGGAAAAGUAUAUGGAAAAUACUGUGAAAAGGAUGACUUUUCCUGUCCCUAUCACCAUGGAAAUCUGUGUGCUGGGCAUGGAGAGUGUGAAGCGGGCAGAUGCCAGUGCUUCAGCGGCUGGGAAGGAGAUCGGUGCCAGUGCCCGUCAGCAUCAGCCCAACACUGCAUCAAUGCAAAGGGCCAAGUGUGCAGUGGGAGAGGCACAUGUGUAUGUGGCAGGUGUGAGUGCUCCGAUCCCAGGAGCAUCGGACGCUUCUGCGAACACUGCCCGGCGUGUCACACGGCCUGCAAUGAAAACUGGAAUUGUGUGCAAUGCCUUCACCCCCACAAUCUUUCUCAAGCUAUACUUGAUCGGUGUAAAUCCUCAUGUGCUUUCAUGGAACAACAUUAUGUGGACCAAACAUCAGAAUGCUUCUCUAGCCCAAGCUACUUGAGGAUAUUUUUCAUCAUUUUCAUAGUUACAUUCUUGAUUGGGUUGCUCAAAGUCCUUAUCAUUAGACAGGUGAUAUUACAAUGGAAUAGUAAUAAAAUAAAGUCCUCAGCAGAUUACAGGGUGUCAGCCUCAAAAAAGGACAAGUUGAUUCUGCAAAGUGUUUGCACAAGAGCAGUAACCUACCGACGUGAGAAACCUGAAGAAAUAAAAAUGGAUAUCAGCAAAUUAAAUGCUCAUGAAAAUUUCAGGUGCAACUUCUAAAAGAUAAAAAAUACUUUAUGGGAAACUGGAUUUUUAAUAAUUGCUCCUAAAAAUUAUAGUUUUAGAAGUCACAGGAGGAGACAAAUUGUGCUAGAUCUUGCUAGUUGCUGGUUUUCACUCGAAUGAAGACUGACAGGCAUCCUCAUCAUCAUGUGACUCACAUCGCUGCUGACUUUUUCUGAGAAAAAUGUGUCUUACUACUGUUCGAGACUAGUGUCAUUGUAGCACUUUACUGUAAUAUAUAACUUAUUUAGAUCAGCAUAGAAUGUAGAUCAUCUGAAGAGCACUGAUUACACUUUACAGGUACCUGCCAUCCCUACGCUUCCCAGAGAGACACAAUGCUUUUGAGGUAGUUUUGGCAUCGUGUCGCUGCAGGGGUACCAUCCUCCCUGCAUGGAAUGUGCACGCGAAAAAAGAAUAAGGCAGUUAUACUAAUGUUGCCAAACACUUCAACGUUUGCCAGAGAACAGACAAGAACAGCUAGAUGGGGAAAUGGUUAGUGUUUUGCUCAUCCAAGAGUUGAAGAGAUAAAAACCUUCAUCUUGAGGGAUAUUGCUUUUGAAACUGUGUAGUUCUAUGCAUGUGUGUUUGUUUUCUUCUUUUUACAAGAUGGAUACUAAUUCCAACAUUCUCUCCUCUUUGCUUUUAUAAUUUGGUUUUCUUACAGGAUAAGUUUAUAUGUGUCACAGAUGACUGGAUGAAAUAAGUGCUAAGUUACUACUGCCAUAAAAACUUAAUAAUACAAUGUCACUUUAUUAGAAUACUGGUUUUAAAAGCUGAAUGUUUAAUAAGGGACACUGUAAAGUAACAUCAAAAUUUGAACAGCUUUGUUAUUUGCCGACGUGGAGUUUCAUACCUACUUGCCUGGUAAACUGGAUGGACUAUUUCACCACUUCAUUUGUUUAAGCAUCAGGUUAAAAUGCACAAGGCAUUUAGAAACUCUGCCUCAAGCCAAGUGCCACACUUUUGACUGAGCUUUCUCAGAUAUGCACUCCAAGUAGAUAAUAGCAUUUUUCAAAUUAGAAGCUAUAUUAAGCUAUACUAUUUUUGCCCUUCCAUGAAGCCUGCGGUCAUUCUUUCUCUGUAUCACCUUAACCCCACUGCCAGAAUUCUCAAAGUAUGCAAUUGGAGGGAGAUAGACAAUAUCUUAGAAAUAAGCUCAUUCAUCCUUUAGUUAGGGAAUCAAGGCUCAGAAGGUUUAAAUGAUUUCUCAAAAAACAUCCCAGUGGUUAAGUGGCAGCAUUUGAAGAAAAUUUCUCUUAUUGCCAGGCUAGUGUUCAUUGCACAAUAUCACGCUACCUCUUGAGUCUUUAAAAUAUCUAAUUGGCAAGUGUUUUUAAAUGUGAUUUGCUGAAGUUUUAAGUGUAUGAGCAUGAGAAAAUAUCAAAGCGAAACAGAAAAGAGUCAUUCAAACUGAAUUGGCCAUGACUGGCUUCCAGUCUUUCCUGCUAAUCAGCUUCUAAGCACUAACUCCAGGGAAAUCCAUCCCAGCCUUAGCCUGCGUGAAAGGCACCCCUAUUGUCGUGCAGAGCUCAACCUGAGAGACUGAUACAGAGGUCAUGAGCUUUCCUCUUCCGCGAUGGAAACAUACUCACAAUUCCCAUGGCCCUACAGAUAUAGUCCAAUAGUCCUGUGUGUAGUACAGAGCUUUGCCUAGGACAACAAUGUCUUCUUAUAAUUAACAUCCCAGAUUUGCUGUCUUCCAGCACUUAAUCAAAGUGCUAGAUAUUUGCAUUUCAAUGAAGACUAACUCCCCUACCCUAUAUUCUACCCUAAAGAACAUUUUAAAGUAUAAAAUAAGUUGUUCUGGAGCCAACAAAUACGGCAGCUCCAUUAGCUGUCCCCUACAACCAAGCAAUUAGGACUCUAAGCUAAACUGCAUUUCCUUCCCCAAAUGAGAGAUUGGGGACACUGACGUAAGUCAGUACUGUGACUCACUUGUGUAAGAGACCCUUGACCACUAAGGAUAACGUAAAAAUCAUAUUUUGCAAUCUGUCUGUCACACAUAGCAUCCUUUUUAAAAGGAAAAUAAAUGGAUACCUAACAGAGCCCCAAAAGGAAAAACUGGGGAAAAUCCAUUUAUUAAAAUGCUGACAAUUUAAAAGUGAACAUUACAAUGUUCAUAAACUAAUUUCCACAUGAAACGAUUAUCCAAAAGAGCAAAAUAAAAUGAAACCCUUAAAAGUCCAGGGUUUAUAUUCUUUACACUCUCAGUAGUUUGCACUAAUUUAUAAUGAACUGAGGCUGUUAUCACAGGAAUGGACAAACUUCCUGAUGGGCAGUUCAAUGCUAGAUGAUGACUGAAGUUAUGCUUGUGAUGUGCUUUCGUUUUUUACAUAAAGAUCUAAUUCUUAAAGAUUUUAGAGCUUAUAUUUUACUUGAAUAAUUGGUAUGUUCCUGUAUAGUGAUUUGUGAGAAUUAAUAUUUGACUAGUUAGAAUUAAUUAAAAGGGAAGGGAAAACAGGGUAUUCUUAGAUUACGUAAUAUUUGUAAAUAGAGGCUAUUUUCAAUAUGUCCACAGGAGUCUUUUGAGAUUCACGGAUAUUAAACACAAGUCAUAAAUUUUAAAUGGUUAACAAAGUUAAUAACUUGAACACUUUUGGUACGACAGCAUUUCUGCGCCCAUAAGUAUGUAAUGACUUUGAAAUGCACUGCCCAUACACUACAAUAUCAUUGCAUGCAUUUCAUUUCUCUGGGGACAUCUUUACACUGCAGUGCACAUGGAUUUAUAAGCAUUUGAUAUCUUUUGCAAAAUUUGUUAAUAUUUAUGAUGUCAUAGACAUUCUCUGCAAGACUCAGAAAUUCACUAAAAAUCUCACUAUCUCUUAAAUGUUCCAUGUAGCUUAGAUUAAUAAAGAUUAAAAAAAACUUGAGUUAAAAAAUACUUUUUUUCUACAGGCAAAUUUUUCAAACAUCAAAAUUAAAAUUAGCACAUGUAUCAGAUGCAACACUUCACUAAAGAAUAAAUUUCAAAUAUUUCUUAAUAUGUAAUCAAUAUCCACUGAAGAUAUUCUUAUGUAUGACAACAGGAAUCCAUGAGACACUGAAAUUAUUUUUAUGAUGGACUAUGAAAAUUUUUCUCCACAGAAUUAUAUUCCUCCAGGCACCUGACAUAGCAAAUUAGACUCAAUGGCUUUUACUUCCUUUCCUUAGUCCUUGUUUUUUUCUACUCAGUUUUCAGAAGGGAUUACACUAAAACUUCAAACUCAAUAAACCUAAUUGUGAAAAAUAACCAAAUGUAAUGGUAUAAUAAAGUUCUUCAUUUCCAAACAUCUCUUAAUGAUUUUAAAACUCAUUUGAAUCUACUUACCUGAACAAAGACAGAUCCAUUAAAAUUUUUAAAUUUUCACAAGUGUUAGAGAUUAAGUUUUAAAGGAUUUAAGACUUUUUUUUUAUAAAAGUGUCAAAUGAAAUACAGCUACCUGGGAGUUUGAGCAUGUGCAUAUUGUAUUCUGUUUUAUUUGCUCUUAACAUUUAUUUUAUGACUGUCCUCAAUAUUGACCUGAGAAAAUCCAUUUCAUGAAAUGCAAAUUGAAAUAUAUUUCUUUUCAAAGAAAUAUGGAACUAGCUUUCAGAUCAUUUCCCUUUUCUUUUAUGAUUCCUCCAGGGAAAAUUUACUAUGGGUAACUGGUUAUACAUGUUCAUAUUUUAUUGGUUCUGAGACAUCUACUUUUUAAAUAUAACAUCUCUGAUAUUGCGCUGUAUCUUGCAAUUAUUGGCACGUUAGAUGCAGUGUGGAAAGUUGAGCUUAAAUAAAUAUUACACUAAUUAAUUUUUAACUAAAUGUCCAUGGAUAUAGGGACAUUGCUUUCUUACAAAUAUUUGAGAAGUCAUUUAUGAUAACAUAUGAGCCAGUUUUCAGUACAAGUGAAUCACAUACAACUCAACAUGGAGCCUAACUGAUUAUGAGCUCGUGCUCUGCAGACCUUUAGGUUGUGAAAGCUUUCAGCCUCCUGUUAUGCUAGUGGCUAUGAUUUCUGCAAACCCUAGCUUAACUGAUAAGAAUGAGUUUUGUUAACAAUUUUUUAUUCUUUCUAUUAUUUUGUAAAGAAUACUCUUAUAUUAUGAUCUUGGUGUUAAAAUUAAGUGGAAGAAUAUUACAUGUAACCAUCAUAAUUAGAUUUUGCAGCAUCUUGCAUGUGUUACUUCAGUGACAGGAGAAAAACAUGAUACAAUCAUCAGUGCUGUCAGAAAAAGAACUUUCUCUUUGAGCCCUUCUACUUUUUUAUUCUUCUUUAACAUUUCUAUUGUUUUGAUUAAUUUCUUUCCUUAGGGUCUGAUAAAUUACCUUCAAGCCCAUGUAAUAAGUGUCAUAAAACUGCAUAUUUAAGUUAUUUUAAUUAUAUGAAACAAUUGUUCAGCUAUCUGGGCAGCUGUUAAUAAAAUACCUGAGAGUAACAACACUACUUUUAUCUACCUGAGAUGCUCUCCUGCAUAAAGUUUAUCUUUGUAAGCUAACUCUAUUAAUCAGGUUUCUAACCUCUACAGCCUACUUCAGUUAAACUUAUUUAACCCAACAAUCAAAAAAAUAAAAAAACUGCAGUCACCAAGAAAGGAAAAUGUGAUUUAUAUAAAGAAUUUUUACACUGUACUACAAAUAAAUGUGAUUUUGAUAAGAAUUCCACACAAUGACAAGUAUGGUACAUAAGUCUUAUUAAGAAUAUUG